AGCCGGCUCCGUGCACUUCCGGGUCGGGGAGCGCGCGGCGGCGGUAUCGGCGGCUGGGCCUAGACUGGCUCACGCUCCGGCGGCGUCGGCGGGCACCCGGAGCGGCUGGCGGGCCGUGAAAUUCCUGGAGCUAACUCUGAUGUCCAGCAAUGGAUGACGACAGCCUGGAUGAGCUUGUGGACCAAAGCCCAGGGCUGGGUGGACACCGGAGGCUCCGUGCUACUGCCCUGACCAGUGAUGCUGAAGAAAGCAGUGACGGCGACAGUGGGGCCUCUGAGGUUGACACGGGCAGUGAGCUCAGCGACGGCUCCGAUGAAGAAGACGAGGAGGGCGGCAUGGAAGACGGCUCUGGUCCUGAAGAUUCUGAAGACGACGACGACGACGACUUGGAAAUAGUGGAAGAUCCUCGGGGGAGCCUGGAGGCCAGCGGUGCACUUAACUCUGAUGACGAUGCCGAGAGCUGCCCCAUUUGUCUGAAUGCUUUCAGGGACCAGGCCGUGGGGACCCCCCAGAGCUGCGCCCACUACUUCUGCCUGGACUGCAUCGUGGAAUGGUCCAAGAACGCCAACUCCUGUCCUGUUGACCGCACUAUAUUUAAGUAUAUUUGCAUCCGAGCCCACUUUGGCGGUAAAAUCUUGAGGAAGAUUCCAGUGGAGAAUGCCAGAGCUGGAGAGGAGGAGGAGGAAGACCCCACCUUCUGCGAGGUGUGUGGCCGCAGUGACCGGGAGGAUCGCUUGCUCCUUUGUGACGGCUGUGAUGCUGGGUACCACAUGGAAUGUCUGGAGCCCCCCCUCCAGGAGGUGCCGGUGGACGAGUGGUUCUGUCCAGAGUGUGCCAUCUCUGAAGCUGCUGCCCCCACCGCAGAUGCCGACCCCGUGACUGAGGAGGAGGUGUCCCUGCUCCUGGCUGACGUGGUGCCCACUGCGAGCCGGCUGCGGCCUCGCACAGGACGGACCCGGGCCAUCGCCAGGACACGGCAGAGUGAGCGCGUCCGAGCCACCGUGAACCGGAACCGCAUGUCCACUGCCAGGGGCAUCCAGCACGUCCCGAGGCACCUGAUAUCUUCUCUGCUUGACGAGACGGUUGAAGCUGUCGCCUCCGGCCUGAGCACCGCCGUGUAUCAGCGGCCCACGACGCCGCGAGCCCCCACCAAACGGAGAAGGAAAACAAGAAGACGGAAGAAGGUGUUGGGCAGAAAGAAGACCCAGCGCAGACCGGCCGUGAGAAGCAGGGGCUCCGGGACAAGGUCCAAGAGACGCCAGGGCCGUGUGAGGAAGAAAAAGGGGCAGAAACCAAAGAAUGAAGUCACAGCUCGUUGUCGCAUUGCGAGGACACUGGGCCUCCGGAUGCCGAUACAUGGGGCCUGCAUCCUGUCGGUGCACAAGCCCGCAGAACCCUCCCUGGGGGUGAUGCGUGCGGACGUCGGGGUUGCCCCUCUCUCUCUGUUUGGAGAUCCCUAUGAGCUGGACCCCUUUGACAGUGAAGAGCCGUCUGCCAGCCCUGCUUCCCCUCUGAGUGCCAAGAGGAGGGUUCUGUCCCGGUCAGCCCUGCGGUCUCACCAGCCUGUGGCCAGGCCUGUCUCCAUGGGGCUCUCCAGGAGAGGCAUUCCUGCCACAGCGCCCGAGCCGGAACUGGACGCAGUGCCCGUCCCUGACCUGCUGGGCAGCAUCCUGUCGGGCCAGAGCCUACUGCUGAUGGAUAGCUCUGAUGUCACCAUCCACCGGGACGGUUCGCUCAGCACGAGGCAAGCAGCGCCAGUUUCAUUUCAGCGAAACUCGGUUGGUCCCUCCCGAGGCGGAGAAGGCCCUGGGCCUGGGGACGGCUUGCAGCCCAGAGUGCCACGCUCAGGGUGCCUCGGAAGCCAGGGGUUGCACUGUCAGGGCAGGCCUGCUCCCUCCUGUGUCCCUGUGCUCACAUCGGGGGCCGUAGUGAGACCAGACUCUUCAGUGACCCCUCGAUCAGGGCAGGGUCAGAAUGUGUCAGGCGUGAACGGUCCUGGUUUAAAACAACGUGACACCCCCCAAUUUACUGGCAACAGCAAGCACGCUUUUCCUCUGAGAUUCGCAUCGAAAAUCACAAAUGGUGGUAACCUGCCAUCUAACAGUGCCGGGCUAGGACAGGCCCCCAAAUCAGCACCCAGGAGAACUGACAUCUCCGAGCUACCCAGGAUACCAAAGAUCAGAAGGGAUGGCAGUGGCAGCACGCGGGCGGACGAGGUCCCAGCCCCGGCGGGCAGAGAGCGAGUCGAGAUCCCCAGUUCAUGCAUCAGCCGGUUGACAGGCAGGGAGGGCCCUGGGCAACCUGGCCUUGGCGCCCGGGCAGAGGGUGAGCCCAGUGGCAGGGGCCCACAGGAGCCCAGCAUGCACUCCAGGGGCGGCACCCAGCCCCCCGCCCCAGGGGGCCCCUCAAGAGGGAAGGGCGGCAGCUCGACCUUCCAGAGCUUCCGGAUCAAUAUUCCCGGGAACACAGCGCAUUCUGGCAGACUCGCCAACCCGGGCUUCUGCAACACGUUCCGGCCUGUGGACAGUAAGGCACAGAGGAAAGAGAGCCCUUCGCCCCUCUUCUCCCUCAGGAAGGCAAAGCAACUCAAGAGUGAGAUCUAUGACCCUUUUGACCCCACGGGCUCUGACUCCAGCUCCGCUGGCAGCAGCCCAGAGCAUCUGGGCUCCAGCCUCCUGCCCUCUGAGAUCACGCGUACCAUCUCCAUCGAUAGCCCCCAGGCCCCGCCCUUGCAGACUGUGCGUUGUGUCACCUCCUACACGGUGGAGGCCAGCUCUGGGACGGAGCCGGAGCCCCCAAGGGGGCCUUCCUCCAGCAUGCUCAAGCUCCAGGGCGAGGGGCCCCCCGAUGGGCUGGGCGAGGAGGGGCCCCUGGAGGGCCGAGACCCCGCCCCCCGGGCACAAAAGCCGUCCCCGCAGGAGCCCUGGGAGGAAGAGGACCUGCCACCCCGCAGCAGCUUCUUUGUCUCCGAGGAGCGGAUGGUGACAUGUGUAACUGUGGUGGAGCCAGACAUCAUCCCAGCAACGACAACCACCCACCGGGUCGUGGAGCUGCGGUCCCCACCCCGCUCCCGCUCCCGCUCCACAUCUAGUUCCCGCAGCCGGAAGAAAGCCAGGAGGAAGCAGGCACCUGCCAGAGAGCGUCCGAGGACCCGCUCUGGCUCCGGUUCCGGCUCCCGCUCCGGCUCCCGCUCCCGGAAUGGGAGCUCGAGGUCACUGUCACCAGCGGUGGCUGAGGACCAUGCCAAGAGGCAGCGGCCCAAGGCCAGGAGCCGGAGGUCCUCCAGUGACCGCUCCAGCAGCCGUGAGCGAGCCAGGAGAAGGAAGGCCACGGGCAGGGAGCCGAGCAGGGGCUCCUGGGGCCCGGGCCGGCGGCGAUCCCGCUCAGGCAGCCCUGGAAGCUCCUCCCUUGAGCACCAUGACAGCAGGAGGAGGAAGAGGAGGCGAUCGGGGUCUAGGGUUCGGGGGUGGGGGUGCUCUCCCCCCAGCAGCCUGGAGAGGGCCCGGAGGCCCCACCGUGCAAGGGAGAGGAGCCGUGAGCGGCCCCGAGACAGGCGGGGCUCCCGUGAGAGGAGGCGGCACCGGUCCCCGAGUGCAGAGCACAGGUCCCGGGAUCACCGGCGGCCUCGUUCCCGCGAGAAGCGGCUGCGGUCCCGCUCCCUGGAGAGGAAAUUGCCAGUGAAGGGGGCCUCUCCAGUGCCUCCCCCACAGGAGGAGCCGGGGCCAGACAGGGAGCCCCCAGCCAGACCUCUGGCCUUGGUGGGAGCUGACGCCUCACCAGAAGGAGCUGAGGCCGACAAAUCUCCCCCAAAAGCCCCCGUCCCAGAGGUGCCGGCUGCAUGCCCGCUGGGGGACCUGGACUACGGCGAGUCGGUUGAGGCGGGGCACGUGUUUGACGACUUUCCGAGUGAAGGAGUCUUCAUGCAGCUGGACGACAUGAGCUCCCCACCGUCCCCGGAGAGCACGGACUCCUCCCCAGAGCGGGCCGUGCCCCCCAAACCUGGUGUUUCCCCGGCCAUCCAGCAGGAUGCCAGCCUGGCCAUGGCUGUCAUCAGAAGGGAGGUGUCGGUGAUCCAUGGUGAAGAUGCAGUGCAGCCCCUUCCCUGGGCAGAGGGGCCCCAGGAGACGCGUUCGCUGCAGCCGGCCUCUGCCCAGGCCGUCGCAGGGCCCGGCGUGCUGGGAGGCCCCUGUCAGACCCCCGGACCGCGGACUAAAGCCCCAGUCAAGAGAGUCACCUGGAACCUUCAGGAGGCGGCAGGCGGCGCCCCAGCCGAGGACAGAGCCCUGUGGACUCAACUUCACAGGCCACAGCAGCCCCAGGAAGAGACCUGGGAAACUGAGGAUGGGGGCCCUAUGGCGGCCCCCCAGCAGGCGCCCCUCCCUGAGCCCCCUGCCCCCGGUCACCUGCUUCCAGAGCCUGGCUUCCCUGACGCUGACCCCACUCAGGUGUAUAGCCCCAACCUGCCUCCCGCCCCGGUCCUGCCCUCGAGCAUCCCGCCCUAUGCACCAGUCAGCCAGCCCACGCCCCAGUUCAUCCUGCAGGGGAGUCUUCCCCUGUCGGGCUGCUGGGUGACACAGAGCCCUGCCCCAGUGCCCACGGUCCUGGCCACAGCCUCAGAGCCUGCUGGCCAUGCUGCUGCCACCAGCAACUCAGAGGAUAGGACGGCCACUGCCCGGCCAGCCGCAGAGAAGGCCAAGAAUGAGGAGUACAUGAAGAAGCUGCACGUGCAGGAGCGGGCGGUGGAGGAGGUGAAGCUGGCCAUCAAGCCCUUCUACCAGAAGAGGGAGGUGACGAAGGAGGAGUACAAGGAUAUUCUCCGCAAGGCCGUUCAGAAGAUCUGCCACAGCAAGAGUGGGGAGAUCAACCCUGUGAAGGUGGGCAACCUGGUGCGCGCCUACGUGGACAAAUACCGGCACAUGCGCAAACACCGCCGGCCCGAGGCCAGUGAGGAGCCCGCUGCCCCGGGCGCUGACGGCUGACGUCAGUUUGCGCCGGGGCCCACGUCGCGAGUAGUUCUGUUGGCCGGGGAAACCCAGCACUCCUGUGUCACACAUGGUCUGGGCACCUGUUGUGCUCUGUUUAAACUGGACUUUUUUAUAUAUAGAUACACUGUUUCACUGUGUUCUAAUUUAUCAAAAAUGGAUUCUCUUUAGAAACUUUUCGAUUGACUCAGUACUUGGAAGGGUGAACCCUUUGAUGACCAGGAGGAGUCUCUGGGGGCCGGGGGCUCGUCUCGUUUAGGAAUCCCCCACUUUGCUCGUUAUGUUCUGUAAAUAACUGCUCAAGUAUGCACCCAACUUCACCACCUCCUGUGGGGCAGAGUGCAGUGUCGGCGGAGGUCAAAGGCCAGGGACGGGCCCUGCGCACAGCCCAGGGACGCCUGUCCUCUGGGGCUUGGGAGCCCCAGGUGCCACCCUCCCUGGCACACCUGGAACAGCGCUUUGUGUUCUUUCAGUAGAGUGUGUUGGCUC